CCAGUGUGAGUAUGUCAUUCUCUCUGUGAGGACGGUAACGUUAGCUGCUGGCUAGCCGUGCGAACAAUCCACAAGGACAACACACGUCCCUCUUGAGUGUGAGGUUUGAGUUUCAUCUCUCAGAUGCCAGGUGCUGGUCCAUGGGUGUCAGCCGGCUAGAUGUAUUUUACAGAAGACUGCUCCUCACCAAACUCUUCAUUGGGGGUUGGGGGAAGCCUGAAGACCUCAAGAGGAUCUUUGAGUUCCGUAAGCUCAUUGGAGACAGAGAGAGGUGUAAGACUCUGGUGCCAGAGGACUAUCCAGUUUACAUAGACAAGACAGAGGAACACAGUGACUGUCAGAUCCACAAUGGCUUCUUCAUCUCUCCUCUGGAGCAGUUGGUUCCUGGGAUCCUGCCUCCAGAAUCAGUGAAAGCCAGGUUCCAGUUUAUAGUUCCUAAGAGAUGGCAGAAGAACAGACCAGUAUGUAUCCAAUUGGCUGGGACUGGAGAUCAUUUUUUCUGGCGGAGGAGGACCCUGAUGGCUAGGCCCAUGAUCAAAGAGACAGGAAUGGCUUCACUGCUUCUGGAGAACCCUUAUUAUGGCUACCGUAAACCCAAAGACCAACUGAGGUCCUGUCUAAAGAAUGUGUCAGACCUGUUUGUGAUGGGUGGGGCUUUGAUCCUGGAGUCCACAGUGCUUCUCCGUUGGCUGGAAAGAGAGGGAUACUGGCCUCUAGGAAUGACUGGUAUCUCCAUGGGAGGAUAUAUGGCGUCCUUGGCAGUGACUAACUGGCCUAAGCCCAUCCCUCUGAUUCCCUGUCUGUCCUGGUCCACUGCCUCCAGUGUCUUCACCACGGGUGUGCUGAGUAAAGCAGUGAACUGGACAGAGCUGGAGAAGCAGUAUGCUAUUAAUUCAGUGUAUGAAGAUAUCAUUAAGCUGUUGGAGUACUGUGGGGCUGACUCCUUUAAGAUGGGUCAAGGACUGUUGAAGAAGUCUCCAGGUGGCAUGGACUCUUUAGAGCAGCUGCUGGGCCUGUCUACAGAUGACAAGACAUCACAAGCACAGUACUCUAAAGCUGGAGGGGAAGCUGAGGCUGGUAGAGGCCUGCUGAUCAGAGGCUCUGGAGACAAAGUAGACCAGUUAUUAUCAUCAGUGAACAGCUGUGGAGUGAACUUCGACACUCUACCAAGCUUUCAUGCAAAGAACACACUGAAUGAGAAGAAGACGGAUUCAUCCAAAUACUGUCGGCAGUCAUUACACAAGGAGUCUAUAAGCUUCAUGAAGGGAGUGAUGGAUGAAUGCACACACAUGGCCAACUUCUCUGUUCCUGUAGACACCAGUCUCAUCAUUGUGGUCCAGGCUAAAGAAGAUGCCUACGUCCCUCGUGCAGGGGUCCGCAGUUUGCAAGAGAUCUGGCCAGGGUGUGAAGUCAGAUAUCUGAAUGGAGGACACAUAAGUGCCUAUCUGUUUAAGCAGAAUGUCUUCAGACAGGCCAUAUAUGAUGCAUUCAACAGAUUCUGCAUGAAGUAUCCCAACCUGCACUAGCUCUGACUGCACCAGGACUGCAUGUUGAACACCUGUGUGUGAGUAGGCUGAAACACACUGCAUCAGCUGGACAGUGUAAACAGCAUGAAGUAUGGCAGUUAAAUUCUUUCUAUUGAGACCUGAGGAGUCUGAAUUUGACAGGCUAUUCUUAGAUAAAGAUCACUAGAGCACAGUCCCUUUGUCAUUCUUUACAUUGCCUUCUUCUGUAAAGGGGACAAUGUGUGCAAAACAAAAAUAAGUGAUUGAAGCUGUAACCGAAUGAAAAAUGUGAGCCCACAUUCUGUGUCCUAAGAUAUUAUUGUCAGAUAGCAGAUUAAAGUUGUUGUGGAAUCUUCCCACCAGUAUCUGGUUGUCAAAGGAAGCUCAGGCCUCUAGUUGCACUGUGGUACACUGUUAGGAAUAUUCCACCCACUCCCCCUUUUACCUCCAGUGACCCUGGAUACAAUACACAUAGUCCCUGUAAUAUAAUACUGAUAUUAUGUCAGAAAAUAUAUACUCCCUUAUGUGUGUCCAUGACAAACAUAGCUUACUAUAAAUUUAACAAAGGUACAAUCUCUAAACACAAAACUGUAUCAGAGAAAUGUCAGAAAUGUCAACAUUUUAAAAUAUGACUCCAUUCCCAUGUGGGGUUAAAAUUGACCCAAUUCCACAUUGAUAGAGCAAACCCACCAUCAUACUGCUACUACUUCACAUUCAAAGUCUGACAGACUGCUUACCUCCAACUCCUCAGUAAAGCAACCAACUUUACUGUGUCCUGUUGUCAUGUGGAGAACUACUGCCACCAUGUCAGUAUAAAUCAGAUCACAGUCACUCUGCACAGCUGUGAACUAGAGGCUCCAGUGUCCUUGACAGAGAGCUUUGUGAACCUCCAUAACAGGACAGUAAAGAAUGGUAACUGUUUGGUUUAUUUGGUCCAGAUGUCAUAUCAUGUGCUACAUUUCUAUGACAUGCUGCACAUAGCUGGUACUGAUGCUGAUCUGUAGUCACACAUCAGUUAAGUGAGCAGUAUAUGGAACUGAUGGAACUGUGAUAAAAGUUUCACUGGACACACAUUUUAGCUUAAAAAGAGUUCAGUCAGACCAUUCACUGAACUUCCUUCUGUUGUUCACUGUAGUGUUUGGUAUAGGUACAUAAUGUAGAACCCAAAAAGCAAAUCAGAUUGUAAGAAUAAAGCUAACCUCCCCCAGUGGUGUGUAAGUAAACACAUGAUGUGGACUAGUGGAGGGCAUUAUAUCAAAUAUACAUUGUCUAACCCAAAACACAAUAGUGUUCAUUGUAAACAUGAAGAAAUACAUUCCAAUAAAGUUCAUUUAAACAAGUGUAUAAAAUCUACUGACAACAGAAAGAGGCAGAGACUGAAUUGACUUUUGUUUUUGUUCUAAAAUGUGUGACAUGUAGUAGUAGUGUUUAAUACUCCCAAUAAUCCUAAAGACAGACUCCAGUUUACAGUGUUUAAUUACCAUCAUUUAACACAUUUUACAUGAAAAUGAAUAAAUUAAAUUUGCAUUUAACUGAUUCAUUAUUAAACUAGAAGUAAAACUAUCAUUAAAAUAAUAUCAUUGAAUUAGUUACUUAAUUAAUAAUUCCAUUUCCUUAUUUUAUUUUUAAAUUCUGAAUGAAUCAUUGAAGUAGUAAACUGUAUGUAAAGCUGCCUUCAAACAUGCACUUGUGUUUUCCAUGUUGUAAUGUCUUUGCCUCUCAUAUUCCAUCUUACUAAUGUGCUUCCUGCUGUAAUGUUCACAGUCCUGUCACAUGUCAUCAUUUUUCAUUUAAACAUGGUUCUUUUGAAUUGAGCCGUGUAUAAGCAGUGUACCAGCUAGUCACAUUAUUACUGCUAGAUUAGAGUUUCUAGUUGGCUCUGCUCUAUAAAAUAACAAUGUCAUCCAAUGAAAACUGUUCA